AUGACUACCAUCAACCACCAACACCAAGACGCCAAUACCCCGGCUACCGUUCUGCCAAUCGCACCUUCAAAGCAGCCUCUCUCCACCGCCAAGAGCGUCGACACUCAAUCUGUUCUCAAGAGGUUGCAAUCUGAAUUAAUGGCACUAAUGAUGAGCGGAGAUUCAGGGAUAUCGGCGUUCCCGGAGGAAGACAACAUAUUCUGCUGGAAAGGGACAAUCAGUGGAAGCAAAGACACAGUAUUCGAAGGAACAGAGUACAAGCUUUCCCUCUCAUUUCCAAAUGAUUACCCCUUUAAGCCUCCCAAGGUCAAAUUCGAGACUGCUUGCUUCCAUCCCAAUGUAGAUUUGUAUGGAAACAUAUGCUUGGACAUCCUUCAGGAUAAAUGGUCAUCUGCCUAUGAUGUGAGAACCAUAUUGCUUUCCAUCCAGAGUCUGCUUGGAGAACCUAACACAAGCUCACCGCUCAACACACAAGCGGCGUCACUUUGGGGGAAUCAAGAAGAGUACAGGAAGAUGGUGGAGAAGUUAUACAAGCUAAGUGCCUAG